AUGAGUGGUUUUGAUGUCUACUUCUGCUCUGAUGGCCCAUGCACCUUUUUUGGACCAGCGUUCUGCUUUGUUGGGUUCGGAAUCAUGAUGCAUCUUUAUACGCAUGGAGUGUGGAGCUUGUUGUUCUCCUUUGCUUACCGCUACUACAUUUUAAGAAAUACUCAACCGAAAAGCCGCACCCUCAUAGCUAUUACCUUACUGAUAUAUCUCCCAUCUUUUUUCCAGUGUAUCUUGGUCUGUGUUGCUACCAAAGACGCAAUAGACGUGAGCUCCAUAGACAAGCAGAGGUCUGAUCAUGGAAAGAAUUUGGAAUGUGUGAACGCCCACCUUAAUAUGCUGCAAUGGAAAACGCUAGUUUCUGACCUUCACAUGGCAUUGCAGCCUUUUCCCGUUUACUUCGCUAUUGCUAUCCUCAGAAAACUUAUUAUUUCCGCUCUUGGGACAAAUACGACUAUGUCUGAGCAGACUCGGCGACUCCACUCACAACUACUGCAAGUAAGCUACUAUUUUCGCUUUGCUAUGUGUCCG